ACGAGUGUUUACUUCCUUCAUAAAUGUUUCCUAUAUCAGCAAAUGAACUUUCCAUCGGCUGACAACAUCCGUGACGUAGCUGUACUGUGGCGCUUCUCAACCCAUGUAACACCCAAUGGGUUAAGCGCCGUGAAGAAUAUUCGCACAAAUACACAAAUACAUGUAUGCCUAUGCCAUGUCCAGGUGACGCUUGGUGGCCUGCCCCUUGCCGUGGAGGAUGUCAAUAAAAAUGUUAAUUUGCUGCCAGGGAAAACACUUACAUUUACUCCGUUUGACUUGGGACACACAAGCAGCGCAUAUCGAGUUAAGCCGUUGAGACUUAUGACCGAGUUGAGGGAACGUCGGGUGAACGCUUUCAUUGGGCCCGAUGAGAGCUGCACGACUGAGGCACUGCUGGCCUCUGCCUGGAAUACGCCAAUGCUAUCGUUCAAAUGCUCCGACUCAAUCGUCUCCAACAAGAGCACCUUUCCCACCUUUGCACGGACUCUCGCACCGGCUUCAAAGGUGUCUAAGAGUGUGAUAAGUCUGUUGAAUGCCUAUGACUGGAAGAAAUUCGCUAUAGUGGUUAGCUCUAAGCCCAUUUGGGGCUCCGAUGUGGCCAGCGCUAUACAGGAACUGGCUGAAUCGCGAAACUUUACCAUAACGCACUUCAAGUACAUCUCGGACUAUAUACCCAUUAAGAAGACAUUGUCCCAAAUAGAGAACAUCAUUGAGGAGACAUACACAACGACGCGCAUCUAUGUGUUUAUUGGCGAACAUAUUGCCAUGGUGGACUUUGUGCGCUGCUUGCAAAAUCGCGGCCUGCUCGAGAGUGGGGACUACAUUGUGGUGUCGGUGGAUGAUGAGAUCUACAAUGCGAAUCGUCGUGUCAAUAUCAUGGAACGCAAUUACUUAGAUCCUUAUAUUAGAAAAGAAAAGAGCAAAUCACUGGAUAAAAUCUCAUUUCGUUCAGUUAUCAAAAUAAGCAUGACAUAUCCACAAAAUCCUCAUAUUCGGGACAUUUGUACCAAAAUCAAGGAGUACGCACGUAAAGCUCCAUUCCGUGUGCCCUAUCAUCAGCGAGUUUUCGAGAAUAUUUCGGUGCCCAUAUAUGGCUUACAUCUGUACGACAGCGUCAUGAUCUAUGCACGCGCCAUUACGGAAAUACUUCAGCGAGGCGGCGAUAUAAACGAUGGAAACCUGGUCAUGAGUCGCAUUUUCAACAGAUCUUAUCAUUCGAUUCAGGGCUUCGAUGUCUUCAUCGACUCAAACGGCGACGCUGAGGGCAACUAUACAGUGAUUUCGCUGCAAAGCGAUGCAAAUGCAGGAUCUGGAAACUCACUAGCUCAAAUGUCGAUGCAGCCCGUUGGAUUCUUCGUCUACAACAAGGACUCCAUGAUUCCAGAAUUUCGUUAUAUCAAAAGUGGACGACCCAUACUAUGGUUAAACGGGCGACCUCCGCUUGCGGAGCCAAUGUGCGGCUUUCAUGGCGAGCUGUGUCCACGCAAAAAGCUGGAUUGGCGGUAUCUAGUGACUGCAGCGCUCUUUGCUUUUGUUCUGAUCGCUGCCAUCGCACUGUUGCUCAAGCAUUAUCGCUAUGAACAAACGUUGGCCGGCUUGUUGUGGAAGGUGGACAUGAAGGAGGUCACUGUGAUCAACCUGGGCGAAUACAAUAAUCCAAGUCAUAAGAACAUUGUGCAAAUUUGUCGUCAGAGUAUUCUGGUUGUCGGCGAGCCCAACAAGAGAUCGUUUACAAAUAUAGCCCUCUUCCGUGGCAACAUCGUGGCCAUGAAGAAGAUUCAUAAGAAGAACGUGGACAUAACUCGUUCGAUUCGCAAGGAACUAAAAUUGAUGCGAGAGGUGCGACAUGAAAACAUUAUCAAUUUCAUCGGAGCGUCAAUUGAUCAUGGAUCAGUUAUAAUAUUCACAACGUACUGUGCGCGGGGCAGUCUGGAGGAUGUGCUUGCCAAUGAGGACUUGCACUUGGAUCAUAUGUUUAUAUCUUCAUUGGUCUCGGAUAUACUUAAGGGACUCAUCUACUUGCACGACUCCGAGAUAGUAUCCCAUGGCAACUUACGAUCCAGUAACUGCCUCAUUGACUCCAGAUGGGUUUGCCAGAUUUCCGACUUCGGACUGCACGAGCUAAAGGCGGGGCAGGACGAGCCAAAUAAAACGGAACUGCAUCUAAAGCGUGCCCUCUCCAUGGCACCCGAACUUCUGCGUGAUUCAUUUCGGCCAGCUCGUGGCUCCCAGAAGGGCGAUAUUUAUUCAUUUGGCAUUUUACUAUACGAGAUGAUCGGACGAAAGGGGCCCUGGGGCGAGACAGCAUACACAAAAGAAGAGAUAAUAGAAUUCGUUAAAGAUCCAGAUCUGCUGCAGCACGGAGUAUUCCGGCCAGCUCUCAACUGCUUGGAUAUACCAAAUUAUAUCAGGAACUGUCUGCGCCUCUGCUGGGAUGAGGAUCCCGAAGUACGGCCCGACAUUCGCCUUGUGCGCAUGCACUUGAAGGAACUGCAAGCUGGACUAAAGCCAAAUAUAUUUGACAACAUGCUGGCCAUAAUGGAGAAGUAUGCCUACAAUCUGGAAGGCUUGGUCCAGGAGCGAACCAAUUUACUCUACGAGGAGAAGAAGAAAACUGACAUGCUCCUAUACCAAAUGCUGCCCAAAACCGUAGCGGAGUUGCUUAAGAGUGGCGACCCUGUGAAGGCCGAGUGCUUCGACUGCGUGACGAUUCUAUUCAGCGACAUUGUCGGCUUCACUGAACUCUGCACGACGAGUACUCCAUUCGAGGUUGUGGAAAUGCUAAACGAUUUGUAUACGUGUUGCGAUUCCAUAAUAUCUAAUUACGAUGUUUAUAAGGUGGAGACAAUCGGAGAUGCUUACAUGGUUGUAUCGGGGCUGCCCUUAAAGAAUGGGAAUCGCCAUGCGGGCGAGAUAGCUUCACUAGCACUGCACCUGCUAGAAACUGUGGGAAAUCUGAAGAUUCGACAUAAGCCGACGGAGACGGUGCAAUUUCGCAUUGGCUUGCACUCAGGACCCUGUGCAGCGGGCGUCGUUGGACAGAAGAUGCCUCGGUAUUGCCUGUUUGGGGACACUGUCAAUACGGCCUCACGCAUGGAGAGCACCGGAGCAGCCAUGAAGAUUCACAUAUCGGAGGAGACCUACCAGCUGCUGCAGGAAGUCGGCGGUUACAUAUGCGUCGAGCGAGGACUGACCAACAUCAAAGGCAAAGGCGACAUGCGCACCUAUUGGCUCACCAAACGAUUGCAGCCGGAAAUGCGCGCUUUAAUGGCCAGCGAUUGGGCUCCGGAUCUCAUCAGUACUGUGGACGCAUCCAAUGGUUGUUGCUCGCAGGCGAGAGCUGACGACUUGCCCUUGCUGAAGUUUCAAAACCUGCCCAUGAGCAUGCGGACGGGCUCUUGCAACUGUGCUACCAAGUGCUUAUAUAGUCGCCGCUCGGAUGACAAUGUUACCACCUCGCACAAGGCCGCCGCCGCCGCCGCCGCUGCCGCUGCCCUGGCGAAGGGCUCGGAAACAGUGCAGAUCAAUUGCAAUCAGUUGUGCGUCUGCCGCUUGAACGGCAGCCAAGUGCUGAGCAAUCGAAGUCCGCGCUCCGCGCCUAGUAUCUCAUUCAGGCUGUAGACUUGAGUCGAAGUCGAGUAACGCGUUUGCUUUCUAUGGUUGUAAGCUGUUCAUUUAUUAUUGCA